UAAAAGGAGGGAAUGUCUCUUGCCCUGUUUACACCCAUACAUCUACUCAUCAACACACUCACGUCACACUGUACAUUUGUCUUUUUAUUUCACACCAAAAGGAGAGGGCGAGAUUCACAAUAUACCACUUUUGGUGCUUUUGGUGCUUUAAAGUGCGUACCAUGAAUGCAGCGGAGUUCCGGCGUCGAGGGAAAGAGAUGGUCGACUUUAUAGCUGACUAUUUGGAGAACCUGGAGCAGCGACCAGUCUAUCCAGAUGUGGAACCGGGCUAUCUCAAAUCAUUAAUCCCGAGUGAGGCACCACUGGAACCAGAGAGCUACGAGGAUAUAAUGAAGGAUGUGGAGCGAGUCAUAAUGCCUGGGAUCACCCACUGGCACAGUCCAUACUUCUAUGCUUACUUCCCUGCAGCUUCCUCCUUCCCUGCCAUGUUGGCAGAUAUGCUGUGUGGAGCCAUUGGAUGCAUUGGAUUUUCUUGGGCUGCCAGCCCAGCUUGCACAGAGCUGGAGACAGUGAUGUUAGACUGGUUAGGAAAGAUGAUGCAGCUGCCAGAGUCUUUCAUAGCUGGAACUCAUGGUCAUGGGGGAGGAGUCAUCCAGGGCACAGCCAGUGAGGCGACCCUCAUGUCCUUGCUCGCUGCCCGUUGUAAAGCGGUCCGUCACGCCCAGUCCAUCAACCCGAAAAGGACUGAACCCGAGAUCCUUGCCAAAUUGGUGGCAUACACAUCAGAACAAUCUCAUUCGUCCGUGGAGCGGGCAGGUCUGAUUGGGGGCGUGAUGAUGAAGAAAGUCCCGACAGACGACACUUAUGCUGUCACGGGUGAUAUACUGAAGAAGAUGGUGGAACAAGACAAAGAAGCGGGACUCAUCCCUUUCUACUUCUGUGCAACGCUUGGCACCACUGCAUCAUGUGCCUUUGAUCGUAUCUCUGAGCUGGGGCCUAUAUGUAAUGAACAAAGCAUGUGGAUGCAUAUUGACGCUGCGUAUGCUGGGAGUGCAUUUAUCUGUCCUGAAUUUCGGCCUUUGUUGAAUGGCAUAGAGUUUGCGGAUUCUUUCAAUUUGAACCCACACAAAUGGCUUUUGGUCAACUUCGACUGCUCUGCCAUGUGGGUCAAGAAGAGACAGGACAUGAUUGGAGCCUUCAAGGUGGAACCACUCUACCUGAGACAUGAGAACCAGGAGUCAGGGCUAGUGACCGAUUAUAGGCAUUGGCAGAUUCCACUGGGCAGACGAUUCCGCUCGCUCAAAAUGUGGUUUGUCUUUCGCAUGUACGGCCUGCAAGGAUUACAGGCGCAUAUACGCAAGCAAGUGGGCCUGGCCAAGGAGUUUGAGAGUCUGGUACGAGCAGACAAGAGAUUUGAGAUCUGUGCUGACGUCAUCAUGGGUCUGGUUUGCUUCAGGCUGAAGGGCUCCAAUGAGCUGAAUCAGAAUCUGCUGAAGAGGAUCACAAAGAGCAGAGAGAUCCACUUGGUGCCUUGUCAUCUGACCGGACGCUUUGUCCUGCGCUUCGCCAUUUGCUCGCGCACCACUGAGUCUCGUCACAUCCGGCAAGCGUGGCGGCACAUCACACAGCUGACCUUUGAACUCCUGCAGGAUAACGUUCAAUAACAACUGGGCAAGCAAGUCACAGUAUAAAUGUUAUUAACCCAAUGUUGCAGAGAAGCAAUGUCAGAUAGGACAAAACACACACACACACACACACUAUAGCUACUUUCAGGCUUAAAAACUGGUUUGCACAGUUAAAAAAAAAGUGGAAAUUAUUUGGCAUGGUAAAGCAUGUCUGCCUCACAGAGGUCCUGGCUUCAAAUCUCGGCUCACUCCCUCUGCAUGGGAACUCCAACUUCCUCCCACAUCACCAAAAUAUCUUCCUUAGCUCUUCAUUGCCUAUGUAGCGUCUGUGUCCUGUGUAAAAUGUGGGUUGAGGUGAACUCAAAAUGUAUUUUCUGUGGUGUCCGAUGAAUGUACAGUAUUACACUUUGUAUGUGUUUGUUUUUGUUAAUUUGCCUGCAAAUGUAUGUAUGUAUACUCAUUUAGACAUUUAGUGAAGGAUCAUUAACAAACAGAACAUUACUGACUUAGCUAUAGAUGCAAAUUAUUUUUUAAAUUUUCUUUAAGAUUAUUGUCACUGUUUUUAAUAUGGGCAUUAAUUUUAACCAAAUGUAUGUCCAUUUAAAAAUGUUUGAAGGUACUUUCUGCAUUGUUACAUACACAUAUUGCCCAUGUGGUGCAGAAAACAAUGAACAGGAAUGUGGCCAUUGACAAGGGAAUCCAAUCAUUUAAACUAUUGAAUUCAAUAUCCAUCACUGUUCAGAAUUUACACGUACAAUACAGUGUGUAUUCACAGGGUGCUGAUUAAAUGAUGGUGAUCAAGUAUUGCUGGCAGAAAAGAUUGUUUUAGCAAUGUGACAGUGAUGAAGAUGAAUAUCAAUCUUUGACCUCAAGCGUAUUUGGUUGCCUUGUAUUAUUUUGAAUCACAUGUGGGAGUGUUUGAGGAAGAUGAGUUGAGAAUUGCUUUCGAGCAGUGACAAAAGUAGGCUUAAGGAUGAAACACUUCACAGGGACAAAUAUUAAAUAUCCAUUCAUCCUCAACACCACUUAUCCUGUUCAGGGUCAAAGCUGACUUUUGGGCAAAAGGCGGACUACAUCCUGAACUGGGCACCAGUCAGUCACAGAGCACAUAUAGACAGAGACAACAAUUCACACUCACAUUCACAUUCACCCCAUCACUGAGUGGGAACUGAACCCACACCAAAGUCAGAUGAGUGUACCACUACACCAUCAGUGACUCAAAUAUUAAACAACACAUGAAACACAACAUCCUCAGAAAUGAAUGAAUGAAUGUUCUACAUCAUUAAUGUGUGCACAUAUUAUUAUAUUUUCUAAAAAACUACACACUGCCCGACACAGUUUUAUUACACGGUGUCUGAUUUGUAUUCUUCCCAUCUCCUCCACACAUCAAGGAAGCUGCUGAUGAAGUGUCUCUGGCUUGGCUAUGUAUGUGGUGCU